UCCUCCUGGUGCGGCUUUAGAGACAGCGACAGAAAAAAAUGAAGAGUUAGCCGUUCACGAGCAAUGUGCAAGCUGCUUUUACAAACAGCUGGGUGACUCCCCGCGGUGUGCUGGAGUUGCUAUGAAGGCGGGGGCCUCGUCCAUGUGGGCAUCAUGCUGUGGUCUGCUGAAUGAGGUGAUGGGUACUGGGGCCGUUAGAGGGCAGCAGCCAGGUUUCGGGGCAGGUGCGGGGCCGUUUCGUUUUGCGCCCACUGCCGGAUACUCCACAUACCCGCCCGCCAACUCCAACAGUACCAGCCUGGUGUGUCAGGCCUGUAGACAAGCGUUCUCUGUCUUCAGGAGGAGGUACAUCUGUUGUGACUGUACGAAGAGUUUCUGUUCGCUCUGCUCGGUACUUCAAGAAAACCUGCGCAGAUGCACCACGUGUCACCUACUGAAGGGCACUGCGUUCCAGCGGCCGCAGCUCAUGCGUCUGCGUGUUAAAGACCUGCGGCAGUACCUCAUGUUACGCAACAUUAACACUGAUACCUGCAGGGAGAAGGAGGAUCUUGUGGACUUGGUGCUUUGUCAUCAAGGUGCAGAAAGUGAGGAUGAUCCUGAUACACCCUCUCUGCAGUCCCGCCCUCUGUAUAGCCCACCACCUUCAAUCGAAGAGCCCACUUCCCCUCUCUCAGCACUCUCUCCAACUCAAGGAGAACCAAUCAGUAGGAGCAACAGCUCCGAGUCCACCAAUCAGGAUAUUGAGGACUCCACUUCAGUCUCGCUCCUUAACCUUGACCAGACAGAACACACGCCAGAGGUUAGUCCUCAGACGCGGCGACGGGCUAGAGCGUCUCUGUCAGACCUGUCCUCGCUGGAUGACGUGGAGCAGCUGACCGUCCGGCAGCUGAAGGAGAUCCUGGCGAGGAACUUUGUGAGCUUCUCUGGGUGCUGUGAGAAAUGGGAGCUGGUGGAACGCGUCAGGAGGCUUUACCGGGAGAACGAGGACAAUCGCAAAUCUAUGGAAAAUGUGAGCAACCCCAUCACUGCAGUGGUAGCUUAUCCCCCUCCAAUCUGCAAUGGCGGAAUCGGAGAUAGUUGCAGGACCCAGUUAUCAAAUGAUGAUAACCUAUGUCGAAUCUGCAUGGACGCGGUCAUCGACUGUGUGUUGCUGGAGUGCGGUCACAUGGUCACCUGCACCAAAUGCGGGAAGCGCAUGAGCGAAUGCCCAAUAUGCAGACAAUACGUUAUCAGGGCCGUGCAUGUUUUCAAGUCCUAAUACUUCUAGGAGAACACCCCGCUCCCCCCUGUUUCGCAUUAAGGACUCAGUGAGGACGCACUCAGCAAGUGCCCCGUCGUGGAGGAAGAUUAAAGAUCUCUGCUUAAUUUUUCAUGAAGCUUCAGGAUGCCUUCAGCCUGGGAUCCGCAAUGGCUCUGUCAAUAGACGCUUUAGUAAGAACAUUUCUCAAGCUCUUCAAUGAGGCUCUGUUUUAAUAUGCAAUUGUUCAGCAGCAACACCUCACAACCUCGACCUGAUGUCCUGCAGCUUUCUGCUCACCUGUCACGUGCAAGCACUGGGAGAAUCUCAAUAAAGAACAAAACAAUGAGAAUUACUCGAGUGUUUCAAUCGUCAUGCACCAUAACUCGGGAUCUGAAAGUUCCUGUUGCUCUUUUACUUCACUUUUUGUCAGUGGGCUUUUGUUUCUUGCCUGGAUUUUGUAGCAUUUUGGAUUAUUAUGAUUUUUUCAGAACAAAGUUUGGAGCUCUUACGAGUAACAUUGUAGCUCCUGAUAACUUCACACUGGGACCAUUGAAGGACCAAGUGGAAGAGGGAACGUUUUGUGGUCAUUCUCAUCUGUAUUCUUUUGUUUUGUAAUCAAAUGACUUCCUUCCUUUGUCCAAAAGUCUUCUGACAUUUGCUGGUUUGUUAGUCAGCAUAUGUAUUGGUGUAAAUUGUGAGAAUAAUAAGAGAAGGUGGAACUGUUUUGUAUGCAAAUACUUACAUUUAUGAUGUGUCAUAUCUGAAAAGAAAAGCCAUGAACUAGUCAAAAUAAUCUUUUUGUAUAUCAUGUAUGUGAAAAAUAACCUUCACUUUAAAGGAACACACUUUUUUGGGGGGAAAUAAGCACAUUUACAGCUUGCUUGGAAUUAAUUAGUUGACUUUUAUCAUUUUUGUAUCCAUUCAGCCAAUCUCUGUCUCUGGCCGGAGCACUUUUAGCUUAGCUUAGCAUAAGUCAUUGAAUCAUAUUAGACCGUUAGCAUCUCACUCAAAUUUAUUUAAUAUUUUUGCUGUAGCGAGCAUAAGGAUAUUAUGCAGCUUCUCAGUGAUGGGUUGCAGCUGGAAGGGCAUCCGCUGCAUAAAACAUACGCUGGAUAAGUUGGCGGUUCAUUCCGCUGUGGUGACCCCAGAUUAAUAAACGUACUUAGCCGAAAAGAAAAUGAAUGAAUGAAUGAAUGAAUCCAAUCAACCAAUCUCUGUCUCUGGCCGGAGCACUUUUAGCUUAGCUUAGCAUACAUCAUUGAAUUAUAUUAGACCGUUAGCAACUCACUCAAAUUUAUAUACUAUUUUAGCUGUAGCGAGCAUAAUUAUAUUAUGCAGCUUCUCAGUGAUGGGUUGCAGCUGGAAGGGCAUCCGCUGCAUAAAACAUAUGCUGGAUAAGUUGGCGGUUCAUUCCGCUGAGGUGACCCAAGAUUAAUAAAGGUUCUAAGCCGAAAAGAAAAUGAAUGAAUAAAUCCAUUCAGCCAAUCUCUGUCUCUGGCCGGAGCACUUUUAGCUUAGCUUAGCAUAAGUCAUUGAAUCAUAUUAGACCGUUAGCAUCUCGCUCAAAUUUAUAUACUAUUUACCUGUAGCGAGCAUAAUUAUAUUAUGCAGCUUCUCAGUGAUGGGUUGCAGCUGGAAGGGCAUCCGCUGCAUAACACAUAUGCUGGAUAAGUUGGCGGUUCAUUCCGCUGUGGUGACCCCUGACUAAUAAAGGAACUAAGCCGAAAAGAAAACGAAUGAAUAUUAUGCAGCACUAUUAAGUAGUUACCUAGUUUUGAACUUUUUUCAGGCACUGCUUAAUAUCAUUGUGCCUGCUGCAGCCAUGUUAUGGCAUCAAAGUUCAUUGAUUAUUACACUGGAAUGAGAUAAAGUUGAGAAUGAGAUCGUUCCCAGCCAUAUCGACCUAGAAAAUAGCAACUUUUAAAUUCAUGUUGAUCUUAGUACACUGUAAAAAAUAAAUCCGUAAAAUUUACUGUUUUUUACCGUAUUUUACUGUUAAAAAUACGGUACAACCCGUAAAAGUAAUUUCUCAUUUUUACAGUAAACUACCGUAUUUCAUUAAUUUAUGGAGGUAAUACGUCUGUAUUUUGAAUUACCAACAUCUACACGUGUUUUGUUACACAGAUAGACACGUAACAGCCAUAUGCAGGUGGUGAUGAUAAUGUUACAUAAUGAACCAAUGCUCAUCACAAACAACUUUUCCCACAAGCAGAAAAGUGUAUCAGUGUAUAGAAGGUGCUCAGUGUCAUUCACACAGCUACUAAACACUUGUAUAGUAACACACAUAAAAUUAAAGUCGUGAAAUAAACACUGUUUAUCAACAUUAGAUGUAAUAUAAAUCUCUAAUGUACAGAACUGAUAGGUAAACAACUAAAAAGAUCCAUAGUAAUGUCAACCAAAAGCAUAAAAAGGGAUGUGCCAUACAGGAAUUCUGGGAAAGUCGAUUAAUGGUUAUUCGCCAUAUAUAUUAAGGAAACAUACUGUUAACCAGGUUACGGACUUUUACUGUAGCAUUUUUACAGGUUUUUUUUUUCUGUAGCAUUUUAGAAAUAUUUUUUACAGUGCACACGAUGUAACUACAGAAGCUUUAAAUAGGAAAAGCAUCUGAACUCUUAUUUGAAAUUCGAGAUGCUAAUGGUCUAAUCAGAUUUAAUGAUCUAUGCUAAGCUAAGCUAAAAGUGCUCCCGCCAGACCGGAGAUCAGCUGAAUGAAUUCAAAAAUGGUAAAACUCAUCUAUUUAAAUGUAGGGGAGUUGUAAAACAAGCCUUUUAAUGGGUAAUUGUUCACCCAAAAGCGAACGAUUUGCAGCAUGCUUACACUCGCAUCUUAAGUACAUCUUAAGCAGAACAUUAAAGAAGAUUUUAGAAUUUGAAACCAAAUGGUUGUGAUUCAGUGGCUACUGGUACUUUGAGAGUGAAAAAACACAUUCAGGCAAAACAAAAGUAAUACCUGUGGUUUUUGCUGAUGCAUUGAGGUCUCAUGAAGUGAAAUGAUCAGUCUGUGCAGGAACUGAACAUUGUUUAUAUGUUAAUACCUAGAAUCCACAGCCUCAGCGAAUUGUCAAUUCACAGCAGUCUAAAGCACAAGUGUAUUGACCUGUAAUUGCAAACUCGCACAUGAGCAAGUGUUGUAUUGUUCAUCAAAAUAGCAGCAUGGGACCUCAGCGUAGAAACAGAGGGUAAUCGUUUUGUUUUGUUUAAUUAUUUACUCUCAAAUGGCUGUUAACCAUUGACAUUUUAAAAUUCAGAAAGGUAAAAAUCUUCUUUAAUGUUCUGCUGACGGAAAAAAAAAGUCAUCUUGUGUGGUCUGAAGGUUUGGAAGAUCGUUUCAGUCACUGAAUAAAAAAUAAAUAAAGUUAAUAGUAAUAUUCUGACUUUUUCUUCAAAAUUGUUAUAAAAAAUUAACAAUUAUGGCUUUUUUCGAUUAUAUUCUGACUACUUAUUUAUGAGAUUUUAUAUUUAUUAAUAUUUCAGAUUAACAAUUCAGAUUUUUUUUCCUUUUCAGAAUUGUGAGUUUUUCUCUUCGCUAAGCGUACUUCGCUUCAUACGCUAUGAACUCAGAAUUGUAAGACGUUAGCUCGCAAUUUUAGGAAAAGUCUUCCACCCCAUGCCCUGGUAAAAAUGGAUGUUUGACUCGCAAUUCUGAAAUUAUCAAUGAAUAUUUAUGACGAUCGCGAGUUUAUAUCCCACAAAUCUUGAGGGAUAGUUCACCAAAAAUAAAAAGUCAAUCACCAUUUACUCUCCCUUUACUUUUUCCGAACUUGUUUUAGUUUCUAUCAUCUGUUAAACACAAAAAGAAGAUAUUUUGAAGAAAGAUGUCGGAAAACAGCAACCGCUGACAUCCAUGGUAUUUUUUGGGUGUGCGACUUUGAUUUAUUUUUUAAAUAUCCUAUUUUAGCUGCGUCUCAAAUAGCACACUGUAUGCACUAUGCACUUACACACUCAAGUGUCGUCCCAAAUGGAACACUAACAGAUUUUUACUAAGCGUAAAUUCAAACUGUUUGCCAGAUGAUGUUUGUCGGUUGCCAAAUUAGUGAAAUAAAUGACCAAAGUACUAAAUAAUACCUGCCACGAGUAUAACCACAUUCACCAUCGGGAGGUGCUAUAAUCACUCUCAUAGGAGAAUUUUGCUUUCACAAUCCAUUCAUUCAUUCAUUUUCCUUUGCCUUAGUCCCUUAUUUAUCAGGGGUCGCUACAGCGGAAUGUACUGCCAACUAUGUUAUGUACUGUGCAAAUGUUUUACGCAGCGAAUGCCCUUCCAGCUACAACCCAGUACUAGGAAACACUCUCCCUCUCACACAUGCUGUACACUACGGCAUAUUUUGUUAAUCCAAUUCACCUAUUGACCUUAUUCUUCAAUGCGGAAGUGCGAUCGUUUUGUUUUAGAACUUCCGAUUCAGUUGCCAAUGGGAGAAAUGACUAUGAAUAAUAAAUGGCAAAAAACGGUUAAACUACUUACUCUACAAACAAGUGUUUGCAUAACAAUACAGACGAAGUAAAAUAAUAUAAUAAGAAAAUAUCAGUUUGCAACACCAAGCAGCAAAACGAGCUGUUUUUAACGUUUAAAAAUGAAUGGAAGUGAAUGAGACCGGAAGUUUCGAGCCAAAAUGAUUCAAAUGGCUGCGCCCACUCGGACGCGGAGAAUAAGGUGAAUAGCGCAUGUCUUUGGACUGUGGGGGAAACCGGAAAGCUCCGCCCCUUCUGCUAUGUGAGUAAAGCAGUGGCUGUUGAGUGCGUGAAGUGUCCAACAUUCUGCAUUUUAACGGCUGAAUAAGUGCACCAUUCAAGUAUUUAAAGUGCACUUAUUCCUUUUAGAAUUUCAGUGUGAAUGCACUACUUACACUAUUUAUACUACAAAACGGCGUAGAAUAGUGUAUAAGCAUGCGAUUUGGGACACAUCUUUUGUUUUCAAGAGAAAAAGAAGAACUUCAUAAAUGUUUGGAAAGACUUAAGGUUGAGUAAAUGAGCUAACUUUCAUUUUUGGGUGAACUAUCCCUUUAACUAGUGAACGUCAAUACGAUCAUUUCAAAUGUGAGGACAGUUUGAGCCAUGUUUAAUUAUUAAAAUUUUUUGGGUUUCAAUUUUUACAUUGUUAUAAAAAGGGAUUUUUUUUUGCUUUCAUAUAUUUCUCUGUCCCUUUAAUCAAAGUACAGCACAGUGUAAAAGAAAAGCAGUCGUUCAGGUGCCAAAAAAGAUGCAUUUGAGUCUCUGAUGCACUUAUUAUUAUUGUUUUUACAUUAUUAUUAGUUGAAAUGAUUAGUGGUUAGUCUUUAAAACUGAAUUAACACCACUUUGUUUUAUUUUCUUGUCGCCAUUACUCAGUUGAAUGAUAAACCUGAUUAAAAGUUGCGUCAUGGUUUAGCAAAAUGCUAAAUCACUCAUUAGCAAACGCAGCACAGCAAUAUCAGCACCUCUCUAACACACAAUAUAUGGCAUUUUCACGUUAGACUAUAAGAAUUCAUGUAAUAUUUUGGUGUAUAUACAUUACAUGACUGUUUAACCUGACAUAUCUUUUAAUUCCUGUGUAUAUGCCUGUUCAGAUAUGUUUAUUUUUCUUAAAAUAACUUGAUAUUUGCUUCUAACGAACAUAGAUUAAAUAAAACGGUACGUAUGUUCUUAGUUUCCCUUGUGAUACUUCAAUAAAAGUGCUAAGAAUGUUUGGA